AUGGAAAAGGCGGCACCGGCCGCCGUGGCAAGAAAGCGCGAAUCCGAUGGGACCGCUGGCAGUAGGCCAAGGAAUCGGGCACGCUGUGGCAACUAUGAUGGAAACUGGGUGGCCGAGGAUCCCAUCAGCCGCCUCCCUGAUGCCAUCCUCGGCACCGUCAUCUCCCUUCUCCCCACCAAGGACGGCGCACGCACUCAAGCCCUCUCCCGCCGAUGGCGCCACCUUUGGCGCUCCGCGCCCCUCCACCUUCAGGCCAAUAGCAGCCUCUGCAGCAACCUUCGCUCGCGCCCCACCAUCAUCAACAGGAUCCUCUGCGACCACCCUGGCCCCGCCCGUCGCUUCCACUUCCCAUUCAUCCAGUUCACAUCCGGCGACAUAGACAGCCGGCGCACCGAGCUCGACGGCUGGUGCCAGUCCCGAGCCCUUGACGGCCUCCAGGAGCUCGAUAUCUACUACGGGAAAUGGUCGUCAGAACCGCCUCAUAUUAGUUUCCCGCUGCCGUCAUCUGCACUCCGCUUUGCACCCACCCUCCUCGUGGUCAAGAUCGGCUCGUGCAAUUUCCCCAGCGAGAUCUCACCAUCGUUGAGUUUCCCCCUCCUCAAGGAGCUCACCCUCCGGUGCGUUUCCAUCUCGGAGGAUGUAUUCAACCGGGUGCUCUCUGGAUGCCGUGCCUUGGAGAGCCUUCUGCUGUGGGACAUUCUUGCUGCGCGUCGCCUCCACAUUCGCUCACUAACUCUUAAGAGCAUUGGCUUCCGUGCUCGUAGUGCUUGCACACAAGAAUUAGUCAUUGAGGAUGCUCCCUGCCUCGAAAGAUUUAUGUCACUUUAUCCUCCGGACAUAAGUUUUGAGACUAUCCGUGUAAUUGGUGCACCUAAACUGAAGACAUUGGGCCUAUUUUCACCAUGUGUAUCCACACUCCAGAUUGCAACUCUCGUUGUCCAGGGAAUGUCCCCAGUCAGCUUGGCAAACUCAGUAUGCACUGUGAAGGUUUUGGCUCUCUACUCUUCUGGCUCUCAGUUCAAUGCAGUUCUAAACGUCCUCAGGUGCUUUCCCCGCUUGGAAAAGCUCUAUGUCACUUUGAAGAAACACCCAAAGAUGGAUAUGGUAAAUGUGCACCUGUGUGACCCACUAGAUCCAAUUGAAUGCCUCGAGAUCCAUCUAAAAAAAUUGGUAUUUGAAAAUUACAAAGGCCGUGACCAAGAUGGCGACUUUGCGAAAUUCUUUAUUUUGAACGCAAAAGUGCUGAAGGAAAUCAAAUUUUCAAGCCCUAAGGGCAACGAUAUUAAAUGGGUGGCCGAUCAACAAAGGCUGUUACAAGUGGAAGAUAGAGCUUCUCGGGAUGCUGAACCUGAAUUCAGAAGUGAGUUUAGCUGUUUGGGUAACACCAAGCAUAUUCAUGAUUUAUUGGAUGAUCCCUUUGACUGCUCGUGUUGUAGAAUUGAAUGGGAUGUUCUUUCAGGUGAAGCAUGUCCAUGA